UGUUAACAACGAACAAAGCCACUCAAGGUCUGUGGAGAGUACUACAGAUGUAGCUAAAUUAAUGCGUGCGUAAAUGCUACUGCCCCAAAUUCUAAAUUAUCGACUUGAUCCAAGCAAAUUUCAUUCAAAGCUUAUCCAAUUUCUGUUAAAACCUUUGAUACUUGGCCGUCAAUCCGCCCCUCUUUAACAACUACGUCUUCCAUGGCGACAGAUCUCUCAGUUGUUCUUGUUUUGGUGCUCUCCUGUUGUUUCUCGAGAUGUUUUACCGAAAGUCGAAAGGAUCUUAGAAGCAAAGAAAAUGUUAUACAUUUAGGGCGUGCAGUUCCUCAUCCUAACACAAUUGACCCCUCACAAGUUAUUGAACUCUCUUGGCGACCAAGGGUAUUCUUGUACAAAGGCUUCCUAUCUUAUGAGGAGUGUGACCACCUUAUAUCAUUGGGAAAUGACAAGAAAGAGAAAUCUAGUGGCAACAAUUCAAGCAAGGUUGUGGGACAGACUACAAAUUUAGAUGUCUCUUUAGAAAUUGAAGAUGAAAUAACUGAAAGGAUCGAGGAACGGGUUUCAGCAUGGACUUUUCUUCCAAAAGGAAAUGGAAAGCCGAUUCAUGUUGUUCAUAUUGGUGAUGAAGAGAGUAGUAGUAAAGGUAAGCAGAAGUACACAAACACAAACACUGGAGAAAUUUUACAGGCAACAGUCGUCAUGUAUCUUUCAAACGUGUCACAGGGUGGUCACAUCGUUUUUCCUCAAGCAGAGUGGAAAGUGAAGAGCAAGAUAUGGUGGGGGGAUUGUAUGAAGAGGAGUGAAAUAAGUAAACCUGUGAAAGGCAAUGCAAUUUUGUUGUUCAAUCUCCAUCCGAAUACUAGUUUAGACCCGAGUAGCUCACACGUGGCGAGGUGCCCAAUAGUCGAGGGGGAUAUGUGGUGGGCCACCAAGAGUUUUGUGGUGAAAGCAAAUUCAAAUUCAAAUUCCAAGGGAAAGGAUAAGGAUAAGGAUGAGGAUGAUUUAUCAUGCACAGAUGAGGAUGAGAGCUGCCCUCAGUGGGCUGCGUUUGGGGAAUGUGAGAGGAACCCGAUAUACAUGGUGGGCACUCCCGAUUAUUAUGGUACUUGUAGGAAGAGUUGUAAUGUAUGCUCAUAAUUCAUAAUUAUAUAUACAUAUAAAUUUUAAACCCCCUUUAUGAACAGUGAAAGUAGCCCAUUUUUCAUUUUAGCCCCUA